AUGUUAUCAAGCUUUUUCCAUCCCUCCAAAGGUUUCGAUUCUUUGCCUCGGCGUCCCUCUGGAGACAUCGGUGACUUUGACGACACCCCUGUUCCCAGCCUCCAACCAUCCAUGGCCAACAUGUCUUUUAAGAAGCCAGAAAAGGAGAUGACCUCAGUCUCGUCAGUCAGAAGUGGAGUUUUCCGUCACGCGCUGUUAAAGACCGCUCCAGGGCAGUCAGUGGUUCUCGACAGGGACUUGCCAGUACCCCCUGUUCUCAGCCGGCAAAUCAACCAAGACGAGUCUCUAGAAAAGAAGCCCGGGGACAAUGGCUAUGAAAACAUGUUUCUAGCAGCACUCCCUUCUAGGAACUACUCACCUAGCUCACAUCAAAGUUACUAUCCUCCACCACCUAACCAGCAGCUCCUGGGAUCCGUAACAAACUCUGAUCACCCUUUUCCUCGGGAGAGAGUCUGUAUCGACCCACUGCUCCAUCCUUCCCAGUCACACAUCAAAACUCAUCAUCGUGGUCUUCUGAAAGGCGCUGAUUUCUGCGAUACGGGAGUACCCGGUCAACCACUACCCCAGCUAGAUGAACCUGAGUCAUCGUCUUCCUCCUCUUCAUCGUCAUCAUCUAUUUCUUCGAAGGCGGAAGUGGUCCUUGUACCUGUCAAACGCGCUAUGACUGGAGAUGACUUGUGUCUCUCGACUAUUGAAAUCACACGUCCAAAGCAAGAGGGUCACAGUCGAGCGGUAAAGGUUCGGCCAGCUUUCAACACAUCCACUUUCCAAUACCCAACCAAUCCUCACAGCCGGGAGCUUUCCUUGGGUGUGUCCAAAGUGCGGCCAUUCGAUCCUUCCAAAGAGCACCAGGUUCAUGACGAUAGCAUCAAUGUUCCGUCAUCUUUGUUGGUUAACUACGGCGGCUUCAAGAACAUUCCUGUUUCGAAAACUCGUCCAUUUGAUGACGAACCGCUAGAGUUUCCCCGACUUGAAAGAAAUCCAGAGAACUCAGAAAUUCAACAAAAUAGUGAUGAGACUGACCACAGCAAUCGGAUUAAUCGGUGGGAAAUGAAUUCUGUUCUUGCCUCGGACGUCUCUCCGUGUGAUGUGUCUGCGAAAAGCGGGAAGCCUCACUCCCAAGGCGUGCGACGCUCCAGGGCGGGCACUAUCGACUAUAAACGUACUGCCCAAUGGCUUCGAGAUCUCUUGAAGAAUCCGGAAUACUCUACUAAGCUGACAAACAUGCCUCCCAAACCGAAACGGUCAUCCUAUGUUGCCUUAGAAGAUCCACAGGGAGCGACCCCUUUUUCUCGGAGGACAACGCGGAAGUCAACUUUGCCGCCUUCAGAGGUUGAUUCAGGCGGUUUUCAAAAAACAUUCAGGGAACUGGAGCGUCUUCUACAAGAAAUCAUGGCAUUAGCCUCUCAGGUGGCGGACCAGGAGGAAGACAGGACCCCAGGCCGGCGUGCCCCUCGAUCCCGUCCCUCAGGCAAAACGACGCCACAAACAAGGUUUUCCGACCACAGCCAGAAAAAUUCAAAUGCUGACCUGAACGAUGAUAGCUCAAUUUCUCAUCCGUUCUCGAAGCGUGCAGCUACAUUUCCGAAUACUGAUAAACGUGCUCUACUAACUGUGGACAACCUCUACAGAAACAUAUCUCUGGCUCCAGAGACAUCCGUUCCCUAUGAAGUUCUCGCAGACAAGACGGUGGUGUCUCCUCAUCUCCAAACGCAUAAAAGCCUACGUAAAAUUAGGUCACGGCAAGUCGCAUCUAUACCAGAGCGGGUUUCAAGUCGAAGGAAAAGCAUGGAAAAAACGAAGCGAAGGAGACCAAAACGAAUUGCGCCACAACUUCUUACAGACUCGGAUGUGUGUAGCAUGGAUGGUUCUGAUGAUUCAUCUUUCGUGGAUUUACCCACGCAAUAUGGAGCUCGCAACAGAAGCAGCGGGCCAACUCGCCCCAGACCGAGUGCCAAACAUGUUCCCUUCAUUUCACGCAGCAAGAACGAAGUAAAUCUCCCAGAACGAGAUAUUGCUGGUCGUCCGUUCCAUAACUCCCGUGGUAUCAGCCUUCACGGCAAAUCCCAUGUAAGUCUGCGUGGAGUUCAAGCUUUCAGUCUGGCGAAAUCGAAGCGUCGACAGCCCAUCGCUCGGGACUGGUCUCCAAUCCGGAAGAGAGCGAUUGCAACUGUAGCUUGCAUCAGUACCGCACUCAUCGGCUUGCUUCUAGGCAUCUACGCAGGGCUGGUGCCGUCUCUACAAUAUUACAUUUGGGAUACAGGUCACUCAAUCAUCAAUGGUAACGUUGGUUGCUUCUUAGGCAUGGCUCUUCCAACCUUCUUUUGUUGGCCGCUACCGCUUCUUCAUGGCCGAAAACCAUACAUCACUUCAAGCUUGGUUUUAUCAAUGCCGCUACUCUUUCCUCAAGCUCUAGCACGAAUGGUGUUGCUUGUGCCUCGGUGUCUCAUGGGUAUAUGCCUUGGAUUUGCCAGCAUGAACUUCCAUUCUAUACUCACAGACCUUUUUGGUGCAUCUCUCAUGAGCAGUAAUCCUCAUCAGGAGGUUGUCGACGACUACGAUGUCAGAAGGCAUGGAGGCGGCAUGGGAGUUUGGCUAGGCAUCUGGACAUGGUGCUACAUCGCGUCUCUCGGCUUCGGGUUCUGGGCCGGCGCAUGGGUAAUCGACCAGCUCCCCCCUGCAUGGGGUUUCUAUCUAAGUGUUAUUCUCGUCGCUGUCGUUCUUUUGCUAAACACUCUCUGCCCGGAAGUCCGUCGCUCCGCCUUUCGGCGUUCUGUCGUGGAAGUCAGAACCGGCACUGACAUAUCACGACGAGUUGCGCGGGGCGAAGUCAUGAUGCAUCGUGUCAAAGACGGUCCAAGAUGGUGGGGCCAGGAGAUGUAUCACGGCGUCGCUCUCUCUUUCGAGAUGCUUCGACAACCCGGGUUUGCCGUAAUGGCUAUUUACUCUGGCUGGAUCUACGCCCAAGUGGUCCUAAUAAUUGUUCUGCUAGGCUCACUUUCGUCUAGGUUUUACCACAUGCGAUCGCCCUAUGUCGGAUUCAUGGUCGCCGCUUUGGCCUUCGGUGCUGUCGCUGCUAUUCCAUUUCAAAAAGCCAGCUACUUCUCGAGGGCAAGACAUACUCAAGUAAACACCAGUCGUAUGACAUUCGAUAAACAAGUAACAUGGACGUCGCAUCUGCUUCGCAGAACUGUAUUUGCCGUCGGUCUUCCUUUGGCUGGAAUCAUUUACACAAUAGUGUCGGCCGGGCCACCUCUUCAUCCAAGCGGACCAGCUAUUAUGGCUGCUGUCAUUGGCUUUCUGUCAUGUCUGGCUAUCUCAGAAUGCAAUGGGAUAAUCAUGGAGACUUUUGAUACUUCAGAUCUGCAGCCUGGCAUGACAGGUCGGCAACGAGGCGACUCGGACAUUACGCAGAAGAAGAAAAAUUACUCGGCCUAUCCCCGUGUCACGGCCGGCUUUGCUGUCUGCCACACCUUCGGCUUCAUCUUCGCUGCAGGUGCAACAGCCCUGGGUGGCAUGGCCCAAAGAAACCUAGGACAGAGGGUAUCAACUGGAGUUGUCGCUGGAAUUCUAUUCGUUCUCACUUUACUAUUACUUCUGGGCCUCGUCCGUUUUAAGGAAGUGACCAUCAUUCCUGAAUGCAAGGCUGAUGAAAUGGACAAAUGGACAGCCGCUCGCAGGGAAUCCCUCAAACGCCGUGAGUCAGUACCAGCCGAGGAGCUUGAUGAGAAAGCUCUGUUUGCAGAAGAGGAGCCCUGGCGCCCUUUCAUCGUAGGCAAUCCAACCAGCAAGACAAGGAGAGUCAACCUAUUGGAACUUGGAGGCAUGUCUCGCUUUACUGAAAUCAGGAAACGGAACAAACUCAUAGACGCCAACACUCAUCUUAAUCGAGCAGCUCUGGAUGUCGGGCUAGAAGCAUUGGACGACCAACUGAGUGAUAUUGUAAGCGAUAUUGUAAGCGAUGCGAAGGACAUUAUCAGAAAAGGCAGUCAGCUUAGCCAACAAAGCUGGACAUCGCGCUCGCGGCGAUACCAUCAAAGCGCAGGAAGUGGCAGCAGCGGACACUCGCAAAUCGAGAUGGACGUGAUUAAUGAGAGAUUGAGAUCUGAUAACCGCCAUCCUCGGGAGGUUGACGACGUUUACAACGAGCGUGAAUGUCUCCAAGGCCAAACCGUAAAGGAAGAGAGUGAGGAGAGCUUGCUCGCGCUGGCGAGUGAUGACGCAGAUCGCAAGGCGGCGGUACGCGCCGGCAAGAGACAGAGUAAACAAGCGAAGAGAGAUUAA